GUGAAAACAACGUUUGCAUUACCAACAACAUUUGUUAGCAGCUCUGAUUUUGGCGUGUAAUUUCGGAUCUUUCGCUGGUUAUGACGACUCUGAAACAUUUGGCAAAUUAACAGGCUCUUUGCUGAAGUGUGUUAAUUUUGCUUUGUGAAACGUAUACAGGUGGCUGGGGACACGUCUUUAAUAUUUGUGCUAUCGCAUAUGUUCGCUGUUCGGAUCGCAAGAUAAGUUUAACGUGAGUGUUCUUCAGCUCUCUGGUGAUGUAGUGCGCGAUACUGUGGCAUCGAAUCUCAAGUGAAUAGUGCAAAGUGAACUGCACGUUGGUGUAGCGUGGCGGGAAGACAAGAAAUUUUGCAACACAUUCACAUAUAUAUUCACCAUGAUUCAGGGUUAUGGAUCAGUAACACAAGCUCUGUUAGGUACCCUACUAACAUGGGGCUUGACCGCGCUCGGGUCUGGAUUGGUGGUAUUGCUGCGAGGUAAUCAGCGAAAAUCACUCGACAUUUCCCUUGGGUUCGCUGCUGGAGUUAUGAUAGCUGCAUCCUUCUGGUCUCUGCUGGCACCGGCCAUUGAGCUUGCGGAAAGCUCACACAUGUACGGGAGCAAGGGCGAGUUUGCAUUCAUUCCUGUUGCUAUCGGAUUUUUACUGGGUGCUAUCUUUGUUUACGGAACUGACAAAAUAAUUUCAUAUUUGGGUAUCAAUAGUCCGACAAUGAUGAUCGCUUUAACUCAUGCGAACAAAGAUAAGGCGGAUAUUGCAAUGGACGAUCAAGUCCAUUCAGUUGAAUACGGAAAAAGCUCAUAUGCUGGAACAGCAGCAACUGCAGCAGCACAAUCCUCCAAUUCGUUAGCCAUCGGCAUGGACAGCUUCGCUGAUUGCCUUAAUGCACAACAUGACGGUACCAUUUCGCGCAAACGUAGAAAGGGUAGUGCGAUUGCUUCGGUAAAGGAACACCAAUCUGUCUACACUAACAGCAACAGCCAAAGUCAAUUGGAUGCCCAACUUUCUCAGUGGAAGCGUAUUAUGCUGCUAGUUGUUGCCAUUACCGUACACAACAUCCCCGAGGGGCUGGCGGUGGGCGUAAGUUUUGGAGCAAUCGGUACCACGGAAUCGGCUACUUUUGAAGCAGCACGAAAUCUUGCUAUCGGUAUUGGUAUACAAAAUUUUCCAGAAGGUUUAGCGGUCAGUCUGCCAUUACAUGCCGCUGGUUUUAGCCUUGGGAAAAGCUUCUGGUAUGGGCAGCUUUCCGGUAUGGUGGAGCCCAUCUUUGGUGUCCUUGGCGCCGUUGCUGUGAGCCUCGCGACAAUAAUUCUCCCAUAUGCGUUGUCAUUUGCCGCUGGUGCUAUGAUUUAUAUUGUUGCCGACGACAUUUUACCGGAAGCACACGCUAGCGAUAACGGAUUGAUUGCUACCUGGGGUACUAUUGCAGGCUUCGUGGUAAUGAUGUGUCUAGAUGUGGGUCUUGGAUAAGAUGGGACUUGAGUUCGGAUUUAUAGUUUAAUUUGGAAAGCUACAAGAAAUUUAUGACUACGUAAAUGUUUUAUAAUCGUACGACCAAUCGAGCCACAUCCAGAUGUACGUCUCGACAUCAGUGUCCCAGUACAACCAGAUAUGUACUUCGGCGAGUAUUAAACUUAAACGUGAAGGUUAUUUUAUUAUUCAGAAAUGAAUAGGUUAGUUUUUUAGUAGAUGGAUAAGUUUACUAAUAAAAAAACUGUUA